GACCCCCUCAAGAUCAAUUACGGCUGUGGUCUGGUGACGGCCACACAGCUGGGCAACUUUUCAAGCAGCCUGGCGGCCCUGGAGUCAAAAGUCGAUGCUGCCACCAACCAGAGCAGCAGUGUGCAGGGCACAUUGUUGCAAGGCAGCCAGCAGCUGCAGUCCAAGACUGAGGGGCUGCAGGCAGCUGUAACAGCGCUCAACAGUACAGUGCUGCAGCUAACACUGAUGCUCAAGGAUAGCAAUGCACAGAUCGCAGCACUCAACAGCACAGUGCAGCAGCUAACAGCAAUGCUCAAGGACAGCGUUGCACAGGUCACAGCCCUUGUUGCAGCCAGCCAAACCGUCAACCGCGACAUCGCCGCACUCAAGGCUGAGACGGCGGCAAUCGCGUCAAUCAACGCAACUGUGAGGGAUCUGACAUCCAGGAGUGCUGCGGACGUGGCAGCCAUCACCCUUGUCAAUGCCAGCCUCACCACUCUCGAGGCGACGGUGUCAGCGAUAAACCUGACAUCAUUCUUGAAGAAUACAGACGCCAUCGACGCCGCCUUGCUGGGCGGCUUGGCGGCGGCGCAGUACCUGCGAAAGCGCAUCGUUCUGUACAGCUCCCCACCCACCCUCAAUGGGGGCCACGGCGGCCGGGCCGGCGCCGACUCCAAAUGCCAACGGUUGAUUACGCAGCCUACGGUGGGGCUGAUCCAGGCUCGCGCGUUCUUAUCUGUCAAUGCCGCAGACGAGAUCCGAGACUUUCCCCAGCUGUAUGGGGUGCCGACAAAUCUGCCGAUUGAGUCGGCUGGGGGCACCGUCAUCGCCGGCAACUGGACUGAGCUGCUCAGCGGGAGCAUUCGGGCCUCAUUGCGCAGCGCGGGGGUGGUGUCUUCAUCUGCGUGGUGGUCGGGCUCCAACGCCGAUGGCAGUUUGGCGGCACCCACAUGCAACGCUUGGUCGAGCGCCGCCUUCACUGAUGCUGGCACGACUGGCAGUUCCGAUGCGACGGGCACUGCAUGGAUGAAAGGAAAUGCACCCUUUGUAUGCAGCAAUACGGUCGAUGUGAGCCUACUUUGCAUUGCCUUCUAG